GCCCAAUUUAUUUGGGCCUUUUCCAUGCCUUUUGUGAGCCCAAGCCCAAUCCAAUCAAUUGUUAUAUCAUGGAUCAUGGACCUGUUAUGGGCCAUAGAGUUGUGGAGCUAAAAUCGUAAUUCCUAAAUGUCUCUCAAAAAAAAAAAAAAAGAUUCAAAAUCCCUAAAAUUCCCUAGUCGUGACAGCGAUUACCGCCGGGAACGAUCGGCGUUUCUUCUGAUCCUGUCAACGUCACCGACUCUCCGUGCUCUCCACUCUCCGGUGGACCAAUUCUCCCCUCGUUGUUUUGUCCUCGAGUCUCGACGGCGACUAGGGCCACUGGGCGUUGCCGCUUCAGCGCAGUGUUCUCGCCGACCAGAGCCGCUCAACGCCUCCACCGCUGACCAGCACAGUCUCCGCUUCCAUGGGGAAGGUCGGAUGAUUCGUCCCGACCAAAGAUAGUCGGAGUGACCACCGAAGGAUCUUCCCGUCCCCCAAGGAAUAUGUUGCAGCUAACCUCGAAGAGCCACAGUACGAUCGGGACGUGAAGUACGUCCAUGCGACGAGGACAGUCACCGUCGCGACUCUUUCAUCGACCGACGUGCCUGUCACCGGAGAGAUGGGUCUCGACGAGCCAUUCGAGGAUGCUACCCCUCGGGCUACCCGGCCCAAAGUGAAAUUGGGCGGGAAGAAGGUAACUUCAACUAGCGCUACGACCUCCGUGCCUUUCGAGUUACCGUUGGCCCACGUCGUGCAACCAAGCGCGGUGGUUGAUCUGAAUCUUGCCCGAGCCCCAACUAAGAGGGGCAAGGAUAAAGCCCUUGAGGGUAAUGACGACAGCCGGCCCAAGAAGCAGAAAAUCUUGAGUUCCCCUAACCACACGCCGAUCGUGGAUGCCCUCCUGUCUGGGCUGGAACCAGCAUCUCUGCUCGAGAGGAUUUGUGCUGCACUGCCUGCUCCCGAGGACACCUCCGGAUGGUUGACCAACCAGGUCGGAGAACAGGGUGCCCGGGAUCUCAUCCAGCUGUGCAGGACCCUGGCUAGCUUGUUUUGCCGGGCCAAGGAUGUUGAGAAAGCCCGCCAGAGGGACUCGGAGGUCAUGAUAAGUGCGAUUGAUCGGAGAGAUUCCAUGAUCAAUGAUUUGAAAGGCAAGGUUGCUGAGCUCGAGAAUAAAGUAGUUGAGUUUGACAGGAAGGUAGUUGAACUCGAGGGGAAGAGCGAGACGGAUGUGGUCGACUAUAAGGCCUCAUCGACCUUCUUAAAUGACGCGGUUGCAGCCCCUGGUCUUCUAACUACACGUAUAUUCGGGGAGCGGGAUCUCGCCGAGCCAUUCUUCAGGUCACUCGUCAGCACCCAUAUCGGAAAAGAAAUGGUAAGGGCGUACGGGAAGUGGGCUUUUGUGUGUGGGAAGCGCAAGAUGCACAAUGAUGUGACUGAAGUCCUCACGCAGGCCUUAGAUGAUAAUGAUUUGGCCACCAUCCUCGGUGUUCUUCCUAACAAGGUGGCCGACCCCGAUCCUGCGCCCUACACUGAGCCAACGACUGUCGCACUUGCCUCGGAGCUCCUAGAAAUUGAAAUGGAGAAGAAUCCUCCACGCGAGGAGUAAUGUGUUUGUGAUUGGGAGCCUGACCCCGCUUAUGUUGGGUAAAUUCGCAGAACAUUGACUCCGUGAGCUCAACCACGUUUGUGUCGCCGGGCUUUAAAACUUAUUUUUUCUGUUUUAGGCCUUUUAAUUUAUUGUCUUUUUGACUAAUUUCGAAUGCUUAUUCGCA